AUGCCUCAAGUGGACACCGUGCCGUCAUCAUGCUCAGUUCAGCCUGGGAAACCACCGCCAGAGAAAACUCAUGUCUGCUCGUACCCUGGCUGUAGCAAGCGCUUUACACGCGCAGAGCAUCUUCGCCGGCACGCACUGAACCACAAGAACGAAGACAACACCUGUGAGAGAUGUGGUGUCCAUUUCAACAGGCCUGAUUUACUAGGAAGACACAUGGUGCGCCAUGCAAAGAGAGACGAGGAGGCGGGUGGUCCUGGCCUGGGUGUGCUUGAAACCCGCAAAAGAACCCGCCGCGGGCCUGACGGGACUAUCAUCACAAAGCCGACCAAAAAGCAAGCUCGUGCAGCUAUGCUAGCCCGGUCUAUGGCCGCUGCAACCUCGUCAGUUCCAUUCGAUGAGGUUGCAAAUUCGUCUUCGCCCUCGUCGUCCUCGUCGUCGUCUUCUAUCCGGAGCUUUAAUGACAAUAGUGUCAGCUCCCACGGGAGCAGCCACAAUCAAGAUAGCAGUUCAGCUCUGACCACGCCGCCAUCUAUGGUGGAUCUAAGCUAUCACGGUCAGGAUCAUGGUGCUGGCUCUGGAGCUCCUAUCUCCCCACCCACAUCUGCGCAUCCUUCGUGUCCGAGUGUCAAUUUGGACAGUGGCCCACUGGAUAAUUGCGAUCCGGUUGAUCAUUCUGAUCCGCUGAUAGCGCCUAUGGUGCCUGGGAGUCCCUACAUCCCUACGAGCCAUGGCUCGUGGCGGAAUCAGGAUUCGGGACUUGGUCUAGACUACGAGGAUUUCUUUGACUUCGAUACUGCCACCUCCUUUAACAUGCCCUUUGCUGCUACCCAUAAUUACAAUUGGCUCUUCGACGUGCCAUCCCUGGAUGACGCCUUUAACCAUAAUGGUAUGUCGCUGGCUAUGGAUAUGGUCAACUUCGCUGAACCGGUGCCCGAUAUGUGGUCACAGCCUCAACACCGUCAUAACGAAUUCCUCGGCCAAACCUUCUCUUCAUCAGAACCAGCAAGAGAGCGAGACUAUCAAGAACAUGCGCCACAUGAUGAAUCCAACAGAAUUUCCCCGGAUUCGCAUAUCCAGCCUCCCGGAGAUACUUCUACUGGUGAAGAAUUACCCGUUAAUCCUAGCGAACCCUCCCCACAACCCGCCCAGAGCUCCAUGUCGACUCCUGAUACUUCCAACCAAAUCCCACUGUCUGCUUUCACCGAUAUGGAUUGGAUGGGCCAAAGUCCUACAGAAGUUGUACCUAAAAAGCUACCCCAAAUACCCGAAGCUGCCAGAACGAGAUUAUUACGGCUUAUAUCACAAUUACAAUCCAUAACUGUAGAAGGAAACCGAAUUGAGCUCUCAUCCCCUCUUCUCUCCAUCAACGCACUGCAAACGUACUGUGACCUCUUCUUCACGAAACUCAAUGUUUCCUAUCCACUAAUCCAUCAACCCACGUGUGAUCCAGGCCGAGUUGACACAUUGCUGCUUGCUGCCAUCAUAUCAAUGGGAGCCACCUACAGCAAUAGAGAAGCACACCAACUGGCCGUCGCAAUGCAUGACUCGUUACGGAAUCAACUUUUUUCCCAUCAAUCGUUCUAA